CUCGACAAAACAGCUCAUCGCACUUUUUAUCAUUUGCUAGGGUUCGAAUCAGAUUAUCUGCAACAACAAAAAAAAAAUGGCGUUGGCUGGUCGUAUCAGAUCCGGGAUCUCCUUCUUCAAGACCUUCUCCUCCGCGAGAUCUCACUCACGUGGAGCGCCGCUUAUCCCCGCGUUGAGAGAUUAUGCUACAGCUUUGGCUCAGGAAACUCGGAAUGUUAAGGUGCCUGUGGCUUUAGUUGGUGAAUCUGGGAACUUUGCCUCGUGGCUGUAUAUUGCAGCUGUGAAAAUGAACUCCUUGGAGAAGAUUGAGUCUGAUCUCUCUGAGCUGGUUGAGGCUAUGAAGACAAGUCCUACUUUUUCGCAGUUUACUAAGGAUCCCUCUGUUCCUAGGGAGACGAGACUCGCUGCUAUUGUGGAUGUUUGUGAUAAAGCCAAGUUUGCAGAACCCACCAAGAACUUCCUCUCUUUGUUAGCUGAGAAUGGGAAGCUGAAGAAUUUAGACGUGAUUGUGAAGAAAUUCAUGCAGCUGACAACAGCACAUAGGGGAGACGUCAAGGUUUUGGUUACCACAGUCAUGCCGCUUCCCCCUGCUGAGGAGAAGGAACUGAAGGAGACACUCCAGGAGAUAAUUGGAGAAGGGAAGAAAGUAACUGUGGAACAAAAGAUUGAUCCGAGUAUCUAUGGAGGGCUAAUAGUAGAGUUCCAACAAAAGGUGUUGGACAUGUCUAUCAGGACAAGAGCACAGCAGAUGGAGAGGCUCCUCCGUGAACCUGUUGACCUCAGCAACCUUUGAAGACUUCCCCUAAAAGAAACGUGUUUGUGAUGCUACCUUCAAUUAACAAAUAAAUAUGAGAAACAACAUGACACACUUGUGUCGUUUUUUUGAAAAUUUAUCAUUUCAUUUUACAGUUGUUGUUUUGAUUCGAAAUAAGCUUUUUUGAAGACAUCAAAUCUCAAUGAUAUUUGGGUUUACA